AUGACCAAACUGCAGCGCGCCGUCAUUAACUUCAUGUCGGACACCAUCACGUGUCCGACGCCCGCCAUGCGCAAGGCCAUCGCGGCCGCCAAGGUCGGCGACGACGUGUACGGCCUGGACCCCACGGUGCAGCAGCUCCAGAAGGUGGCCGCCAGCAUGCUCGGCAAGGAGGACGCCAUGUUUGUGCCCUCUGGCACCAUGUCCAACUUGAUCGCCAUCGGCACGCACUGCCAGCGCGGCGACGAGGUCAUCUGCGGCAACAAGUCGCACAUCUUCACGUACGAGGGCGCCGGCGCCACGUACAUGGGCGUCAGCCUUGCAACGCUCCCCAACCAGAAGGACGGCACCAUCAAGCUUAGCGACAUGGCCCGCGCCGUCCGCGCCGACGACAUUCACUACCCGCGGACCAGCCUCGUCGAGAUCGAAAACACACACAACACCUGCGGUGGACGGGUGCUGCCCCUCUCGUACAUCCGCGAGGUGGAGCAAUUCUGUAAGGAGCACAACCUGAGCCUCCACGUGGACGGCGCGCGCCUCGCGAAUGCCAGUGUGGCUUCGGGCGUUGCCAUGGAGGACCUCGUGAAGGGCGCCGACACGGUGUCCCUGUGCCUCAGCAAGGGUCUGGGCGCCCCUGUGGGCUCCAUCCUCGCCGGUUCGGAAGCGUUUAUCCACCAUGCCAAGCGGCUACGCAAGUCUCUCGGCGGCGGCCUGCGUCAGUCGGGUCUGCUCGCCGAGGCCGGUCUGUAUGCACUGGAGCACCAGUUCGACCGCCUUGUGGAGGACCACGAGAACGCGAAGACGCUGGCGCACGGUCUGUCCACAAUUCCUGGCAUCGAGAUCGACGUCGACAGCGUGGACACCAACAUGCUGUUCUUUAAGAUCUCGUCGGAAUGCAAGAUCGACACAGCGACGCUGGUGAAGCGGAUUGCGGAGGAGAAGGGCAUCGUCUUCGGCGGAUACUGGCGUGGCGAGGAGAUCCGCGCGGUCACGAACCUGCACGUAACCCCCGACGACGUCGAGUACACAAUCGCGUCCAUACGCGAUAUCAUCGCCGCCAGCGAGUCCAAUUUCCAAGUUGCUUAA